AUGUAAAUGUCAGAUUACGUGGAGAACACAUGUGCUGGUGUCAUCAGCCAGUUCUAGUUAAAUAUCACAAACAGGUUCAGGCACGUCAAACAACCAGCCUUCUAGUCCUAACACUUCACAACACCUGAAGUCACCUGGAACACAGUGACCAUGGCGUCGGUGUCGCUCAGUUCUCGCCUCAACAAGGCCGUCCGGCAGCAGUACAUGAACCUGCCUCAGGGAGGGAAGUGUCAGGUCACCUACAUCUGGAUCGACGGCAGUGGAGAGGGGCUUCGCAACAAGACCAGGACUCUGGACGAAGAGCCACAGUCCAUAGAAGACAUUCCUGAGUGGAACUUCGAUGGCUCGAGCACCUCCCAGUCCAAAGACUCCAACAGCGACAUGUACCUCAUUCCAGUCUGCAUGUUCAGGGAUCCGUUCACCCUCGACCCAAACAAACUGGUUCUCUGUGAGGUCCUCAAGUACGACCGCUCGCCUGCCGAAACGAACCACCGAGUGAAGUGCUGCGAGGUGAUGGAGCAGAUCAAAGAGCACUGCAUUUGGUUUGGUAUGGAGCAGGAGUACACGCUUUUAGGAGUGGACGGACAUCCUUUCAGUUGGCCUGCAAAUGGAUACCCAGCACCCCAAGGCCCUUACUACUGUGGUGUGGGAGCAGACAGAGCCUAUGGACGGGACAUUGUGGAGUGUCACUACAAGGCCUGCCUCUACGCCGGGAUUAAAAUCUUCGGCACCAACGCUGAAGUGAUGCCAUCUCAGUGGGAGUUCCAGGUGGGUGUCUGCGAGGGCAUCGAGAUGGGCGACCACCUUUGGGUCGCUCGCUUCCUGUUGCAUCGCGUGUGUGAAGACUUCGGAGUCGUCGCGACAUUUGACCCAAAACCGAUGACGGGACACUGGAACGGAGCCGGCUGCCACACGAACGUCAGCACCAAGCAGAUGAGGGAGGAAGGAGGACUGAAGUACAUCGAGGAAGCCAUCGCGAAACUUGGCAAAAGACAUGCCGAACACAUACGUGUCUACGACCCACGUGGCGGUGAGGACAACAUCAGGCGUCUCACGGGUCGAAACGAAACUGCCAGUAUCAAGGAGUUCUCUUCCGGAGUGGCCAACCGAGGCGCCAGUAUCCGGAUCUCCCGCCAGGUGGCCCAGGAGAUGAAGGGAUACUUCGAGGACCGCCGGCCUGCAGCUAACUGCGACCCUUACUCAGUGACGGCAGCCAUCGCAAACACCUGCCUGUUGGAAAAGGAAAAAGAACCUGAAGCCUGAAAUACCUGCUAGUAAAAACAUAAACAUAGCCGUCAAUUAAAUCUGAGCUGGAAGAAAGAAAUUCCACUGAAGGUGAGGAAAUGAAGGCUAAUGCAGAGUGAAUGUUUGUUGUUGCAAUAUUUAUUUAUCUAAAUGUAUCCAUUUGCACACAGCUGCUAUCACUAGAAGCUGUUCCUAGAAAAAAAGAAAUUAAAGGAAUAUUUUGCAGCUUUCUCAGACCCGGAUGUUUGAAAAUCGUGCUGCAUUAAAAUGUUUAUCUUUUUUAAGUUAAAACUUGUGCUACAUGUGUUAGUUUGGGAGAAGUGAAAUAAAGACACACACUGGUGCUGCAGUUCA